CUCCAGGCGCUGCGGCAGCGCGGAGGAGGCUGAGCCAUGGCAUCGCUGCUGUGCAACGCCCGCAUCCAGCUUACAGAGACGCUGGAGCAGAUGCAGCAAGGGACACUGAUGCGCAAAGUCAAGUCCAAGAGCUGGAAGAAGCAGCGCUAUUUCAAGCUGCAGGAGGACUGCAUGACCAUCUGGUACCAGUCCAAGAAGACAGGAAAAAUUGAAUCCGCCUUCUCCAUCAGCGAUGUUGAGACGGUGCGGGAAGGACACCAGUCAGAGGUGCUGCAGAGCCUGGCCGAGGAGUUCCCCCCUGAGCGCUGCUUCACCAUCGUCUUUUAUGGCCGCCGGGGCAACCUGGAUCUCAUCGCCAGCUCAGCCGAGGAGGCGCAGUGCUGGAUCCAGGGCCUGCGCCAGCUCAUUCAGGUGGCCACCAGCAUGGACCAGAGGGAGAAGAUAGACCAAUGGAUUCGUGACUGGUUUCAGAAGGCUGACAAGAAUAAGGAUGGGCGCAUGAACUUCAAGGAGGUGCAGCACCUCCUGAAGAUGAUGAACGUGGACAUGAAUGAGGACCACGCCCUGCGGCUCUUCCAGGCUGCCGACAAGUCAGAGUCGGGGACGCUGGAAGGGGAGGAGUUCGUGCUCUUCUACAAGGCUCUCACACAGCGUGAGGAGGUGCUGAGCCUCUUCCAGGACUUCUCGGAGGAUGGGAAGAAAUUGACGCUUCUGGAGCUGGUGGAUUUCCUGCAGCAGGAGCAGCUGGAGGAUGAGGGCACGGAGGAGCUCGCCAUGGAGCUCAUUGACAAGUAUGAGCCAUCGGAGACAGCCAGGGCUCGCCAUGUGCUGAGUGCUGAUGGGUUCCUCAUGUACCUCUGCUCCCCGGAGGGCUCCAUCUUCAACCCUCGGCAUCAGGCGCUUUGGCAGGACAUGCCCCAGCCGCUCUGCCACUAUUUCAUCUCCUCCUCUCACAACACCUACCUGAUAGAGGACCAGAUCCGGGGCCAGAGCAGCAUUGAGGGCUACAUCAGGGCUCUGAAACGGGGCUGCCGCUGCCUGGAGGUGGAUUGCUGGGACGGGCCGAACGGGGAGCCCAUAGUGUACCAUGGCCACACGUUCACCUCCAAGAUCCCCUUCCAGGAGGUGGUGAGCACCCUGGGCAAAUACGCCUUCCAGGCCUCAGACUACCCGGUUAUCCUGUCGCUGGAGAACCACUGCAGUGUAGAGCAGCAGGAUGUCCUGGCCCAGCAGCUCAAGGCCAUCCUGGGGGAGCAGCUCCUCACCCACCACUGAAGGCUCCCCGCCACCACUGAUGGACGCGUCCCCACCCAGCUCCCAUCCCCAGAGGAGCUGAAGCACAAGAUCCUGCUAAAGGGGAAGAAGAUCGGGCGGCUGGAGGACACGCUGAACGGGCUGGGGGAUGAGGCGCCUGAAGUGUCUGACGAGGACAACGGGGCAGAGGCAGAGGAGGAGAAGCGGAGGGUGAAGAAGGACAGGGAGAGUCUGUCUCAGGCAUUGUCCGACUGUGUCGUCUACUGCAAGAGCGUGUCUUUCCGGGGCUUCCAGGAGGCCCGCAAUCAUUCCCGGCCCUCCGAGAUCUCCUCCUUCUCUGAAGCCAAGGCCAGGAAGCUCAUCCGGGAGGCAGGGAAUGAGUUUGUCCGCCACAACGCCUGGCAGCUGACCCGCAUCUACCCCAGCGGGAUGCGGACUGACUCCUCCAACUACAGCCCCCAGGAGAUGUGGAACGUGGGGUGCCAGAUUGUGGCCCUGAACUUCCAGACUGCCGGCGCAGAGAUGGACCUCUAUGAUGGCCUCUUCAGCCAGAACGGCCACUGCGGCUACGUGCUCAAACCACCCUUCAUGAGAGAGGAGGGGACUCUCUUCAACCCCAAUGACCCCAGCAGCUGGGAGAGUCCUGGCCCUGUGACCCUGACGAUCCAGGUAAUCAGCGGGCAACAACUGCCCAAAGUUGCCAACAGCAAGGCUGAAGCCGUCAUCGACCCUCUGGUGCGUGUAGAGAUCCAUGGGGUCCCCGCAGAUCAGGCCCACCAGGAGACGAAGUACAUUGAGAACAAUGGGUUUAACCCCCGCUGGGAUGAGACGCUCCAGUUCCAGCUCCACGUGCCGGAGCUGGCCCUCGUCCGCUUUGUGGUGGAGGAUUAUGACAAGACAUCCAGGAAUGACUUUGUGGGCCAGUUCACUCUGGCCUUCGCCAACAUCAAACCUGGCUACCGCCACAUCCAUCUCCUCUCCAAGGACGGCACCAGCAUCCCACCCUCUUCGCUCUUCGUCCACAUCCGCAUCACUGAGCCCCCUGGUCCCGAGCAGGAGUGAGCCCCUGGGGUGAGUGGGACCUGAAUAGAAGCCAUAGACCCAGCCUGGUUCUGGCCCAAGCGGCUGGGGCCCCGGAGCUGACCAGACCAGCCACCCUGCAGUCGAUCCGUUUGUACUGACCCUCUGUGUCUUCGUUGCUGCUGUGCCCUGGUUCGCAGUGACCUCCAGGGGCUGGGAAAAGGCACCGAGCCUGGGACACUGCCUCCCACCCCCCCUCCCUAUGCGCUCAUUCAGGGUCUGUGCUGGUGCAGCCCUCUGUGCUGCUCCCCCAGAGCUCAUCCCAGCCCACAGAUGCAGCUCAGCCACAGGGAAGAGGAGGAAUGGUGCAGGACACCCUGGCUCUGCUGUACAGGCCUGUCCCCCUCAACCGGCAGAGCAAGGCUAAUGCUGAAUGAACCCCAGGUCAGGGCAGAGCUGGGAGAGGGGUCAGGCCUCACUGCCCCCCAUACCAUAAAGCCCACCCCUGCCCAUACAAUUCCCAGGGACUAACCCUUCACUGUCCUUUCUAUCUAAACAAUGUAAUAAAGAGU